AAGUGUCAAACGUGGAAGAUCAUGUAUCAAAUAGCUCAAAAUAAAUAUAUUAAUAAAUAUAUUAAAUGUUAUAAAUAUUAAGCAAGAAUGGCAAUGUUUACUGAUUUAAAUCUUAAUUCAUGGAUUGUCAAUCAAUUAAAAGCCGUCGUUUCAAAUAUUUAGGCUUGAAAAAUGCAAAACCAAUUCAAAAAAACUGCAUCCCUGCAAUAUUAGAAGGAAAAGAUGUCAUUGGAUGUGCAAAAACUGGUAGUGGUAAAACAUUAGCUUUUGCCUUACCAAUUCUACAAAAACUUUCAGAAGAUCCUUAUGGUAUAUUUGCCCUUGUGUUAACACCAACCAGGGAACUAGCAUUUCAAAUAUCUGAUCAGUUUGCUGCAAUUGGCAAAGCCAUUAAUUUGAGAAAAAGUACAAUUGUUGGUGGCAUGGAUAUGGUGGUACAGGGACAAGAGCUUGCAAAACACCCUCACAUUGUUGUUGCAACUCCUGGAAGACUGGCUGAUCAUUUGGAAAGCUGCAAUACUUUUUCAUUGAAAAGAAUCAAAUUUCUUGUAAUUGAUGAAGCAGAUAGAUUACUUGGAGGAGAUUUUGACAAGCAACUUAGCAUUAUAUUUCAAGCUUUGCCAAAAGAAAAGCAAUCUUUACUUUUCAGUGCUACAAUUACUGAUGCACUGGAAAGAGUGCAACAAGUGUCAAGCAGAGAAUUUUUUAUUUAUCAGUCUGAAGAUGACACAGGUAUUGCAACUGUUAAAGAACUUGAUCAGAGGUAUGUGCUUUGUCCCAAAGAUAUUCGUGAUGCUUAUUUAGUUGAAGUUAUCAGAACAUUCAGAGCUGAAAAUGGUGUUGGAUCAAUAAUGAUUUUCACUGAUACUUGCAAACAUUGUCAACUAUUGUCUAUGACAUUGAAUGAAUUAGGCUUUGAUAAUGUAGCUCUGCAUGGAAUGAUAAAACAAAAAGAGCGUUUAGCAGCUUUGACAAAGUUCAAAUCAAAUCAAGUUAAAAUUUUGAUUGCAACUGAUGUGGCUGCAAGAGGUUUAGAUAUUCCAAUAGUUACACUUGUAGUUAAUCAUAAUAUACCCAAUGUACCUAAAGAAUACAUUCAUAGAGUAGGUAGAACAGCUCGAGCUGGAAGAGGUGGUAUGGCUAUUAGUUUGGUAACUCCACAUGACAUUAAACUGUUGCAUGCUAUUGAGGAGAUUAUUGGUACAAAACUUAAAGAGUUUAAAGUUAAUGAUAAAGAAAUUGUCACAAUUUUCACACAAAUAUCAGUGACGAAACGAGAAGCAGAAAUCAUUUUAGAUGAAACUGAUUUUUAUGAGAAAAAAAUGAUAAACAAAAGAAAAAAGUUAAUUAUGGAAGGAAUGGAUCCUGAAGAAGUAGAUGAGUUUCUAAAUGAAAGAAAGAAACACAAAAAACCUAAAAAGAAAAAGACUGACCAAAAAAUUAAAGAGGAAAUUACACUUAAGAAAACUAUUGAUUCAGAUUAAAACGUGUUUACA